AUGGCCAGAAGAUUCGACAGAGCCUUGGGUAAGUUUUCGUUGUCUUUAAUUAGCAGUUUAGCGUUAUGUCGAUGAAAGUUUUAAGAUCUUACCAGUCAUGGAUAACAUGACUCAUACUUUUUCCGUUUUAAAAUGGGUCUGCGGUCUUUGUGUAAGGUCUUUGUUAUUGUCUCGAAAGACCUUUUCGGACAGUUACUUUGCAGAUGAAUCGUUUUUAUUUACACUUAUUUUUUUUAGAAUCGGCAACAGAUCAAACUCUCGUUGAACCGUUCUGGGAGGGCAUUCUCGAAUGUGUAGAUCUAAUUAGGGCUGGUGAUGUGCCGUAAGUUGCAUUUUAUGGAUUUAUUUUGUGUUUAGAGUAAAAUCGGCAGUUGCUUCUAUUCAAAAACGGUUUCACCACGAGAAUCCACAUGUUGCACAUCAUGCACUUCUGGUGUUGGAAGCAUGUGUGAAGAAUUGCGGAAAAAGGGUGAGUUUGGAUGAUCUUUAGUGGUAUUUUAUCAUCAAUCGUCUAAACCAAAUUAGUUUGACUUGUCAUAAUAUUUCAGUUCCACGAUGAGAUCUCCACCAAAGAAUUCAUGGACGAUCUGAAGAACCUUGUGAUUGAAGGAGCUCCUGACAAGGUGAAGAACAAAAUUUUGGAGCUUCUCCAGUGCUGGUCACAUGCCUUCUCAAAGUAUCCACAAUACAAGAUAGUGUGCGAUACCCAUUCUUUCAUGAAGAUGUACGGGUUCGAAUUUCCUGCCAUGAAGGAAGCAGAUGCCAUGUUCAUGGCUGAUUCCGCACCAGAAUGGGCUGAUGGUGACAGUUGUUUCCGAUGUCGUGUAGAAUUUGGCGUCUUCACACGCAAACAUCAUUGUCGGAAUUGUGGACAGAUCUUUUGUGAUAAGUGCUCCAACAGACAGAUGGUUUUGCCUCAGUUUGGAAUCGAAAAAGAGGUCAGAGUAUGUGAAGCAUGCUACACGAAGAAGAGCCAAGAGGCGCAAAAGAAUGAACUUCAAAAAUUGGAGAGUGUAAGUUUGAUUUGAAGCGAUUGCAAGGAGAAGAGUCCUUGAUUUUUUUUGUUUUUCAAAUAUUUUAUGCAAAAUAUUGUUUGGCGGUUGGGCACCGUCUACUUUUUUUCUAUUGACUGUUAGAGCCAGGUUGUUUUUUGCAUCUGAAUCAUGGCUACGGAAAAGAAAAAAACCCCGGGUCUUUUUCAACGGCUGUUUGGAGGAAGCAACCACCAUAAUUCUGCUAGGGUACACUCUUUUAUUAUCUGAAUUGAAAAAAAUUAUAACAGAUUUGAUUAUUCUUAUGUUCCAGGCCUUGAACAACCAUGAAGCCCGUGCCAUCGCUGAAAGUGAGGCUGAGGAAAAGAAAAGAUUGCAAGAGCUCAAGGAGAAGGAGGAAGAAGAGCUUCAACUUGCCCUUGCCAUCAGUCAAAGCGAAGCCGAAGCCAAGGAGAAGGAGCGACAGAAGUCCGGCUUCAAUGUGGCGAGAGAAGAGCCAACUCCAGCUCCAUCAAUUUACUCCGGGGUUGCGCAAGCUCUCGAACCUGACACUGACUUGACUUUGGCUCAAUAUUUGGAUCGGGACUAUUGGGAAAGACGUCAGGCUAGUCGGGAGGUCGAUGCAACUGCCCCUCCAGCAAGUGAGAUUUCUUUCUCAAUGGCCUCGAGCUCUUAUGGACAACAUAAUGGGCAUGCUCCGUCCAAUAAUGCCACUCCGACCAAUGAAUCGCAUAUCGCCGAUAUUACACAUGGCUUGUCGAAUAUUACUGUCAGACCGUUGGCUGACAAUGAUGUAGAAGAAACUCAACAAUUUUGCAAUGACUUGAAAGAACGAGUAAGUGAAUUUAAUAUUUAUUUUAUUGAGAUUUAGGUUGAAACAAUGAACAACCGAAUGUUGUCAAACAUGAAUCGAGGGCGUUCGAUUGUUUAUGACUCCGCUAUUCAUGCCUUGUUCGAAGAGCUCACGCAGCGACAUGGCGACGUGUUGAGGAGAAUGGACAGAUUGGAUAGUGAAAGAGGUAGUAUUUAAAUCUUUUCCAUUUUACUUUUGCUUUUAGAAUACCACGAAGGACUUCAAGACAAGCUCAGCGAGAUUCAGGUUGCCCGACAAGCUGUAAAUGCACUACGGGAAGAACAUGAACGCCUAGAAGAAGAACGACUAGCUGAAGAGCAACGACAGCGACAACAUCAAAUGCAGAUGCAAUUAGAUAUCAUGAGACAAAAGAAGGCUUCAAUGUUGAUGCAGCAACGAGAUGAAGCCCUUUUGCGAUUCCAGGCGCAACAAGCGGAGAUCCAAAGGAGAAGAAUGGAGGCGCAAUUCCAAUAUCAACAAGGUCAGGCUUAUCCGGGGCAUCCAAGUGCACAACAAUACUAUCCUCCGGGAUAUCCUCAGCCUCCGCAAUAUCCAGUUCAGGUAAGCUUCAAUUACAAUACUUUGUGUAUUGAAUUUAAUCUUUUUUGUGAAUAAUAAAUAAUGUUUUAGCAGCAACUACCAGGAAGUUCGGAUCCUUAUGGCCAACCUCAACUCCCUGCAUAUUCUGCGGCCCUCCCUCCCCAACAUCAAUCCCACCAACCAGUCAAUGGCUACCCUCAAAGUUCUAUUCCUUCCUCGAUCCCUACCCAAGUGUCCUCUCAACCCUACGGAUAUGCACCUCCCAUGAAUCCGGAGGCUCAACAACAUCCCCAGGCCCUUCCACAAGCUGUCCCCAGUCACCCCCAUAUGAAUGGUUACUCUCAUCAGCCUCACGAAUCCACCCCCAUCCCAUCUGCAGUCCCAUCUUCCAUCUCGGUGAACAGUAAUCCCUCGUUCACGGAUGCCUCGGCCCAGCCACAGCAUCAUUACCAACAACAGCCUCAAGUCCCGGCCCAAGCACCCGCCGCUCCGCCACAAUAUGCUCCUCAACAACCGUAUGGAUAUCAGCAAUAUCCCCCGGCUUCUGCUCCCCCAAACUAUUACGGCCAUCCGGAUCCACAUCAACAACAGUACUAUCAGCAAGGACAGCAACAGGCCUAUCCAGGAUACUAUCCUCCGGGAUAUCCUCCACAGCCGCAACAUCAGGGUAGGUUUUGAUUGGUUUUUGAAUAUUUUUAUAUAAUACCUUUGAAAAUAAAUAUUAUUUUAGCCCCGGCACCGCAGCCACAACCCCCGGUCGAUGAUGCGCCAUUGAUUUCCUUUGACUGA